CUUUAAUCACUUGUCUCUUUCUUCAACUAGAAAAAAAAAACCCCAUUUUUGUUCAAAUCUGAGAUUUUUUUGUCAACAUUCUGUACCAAACUUCCUCUUCCUUUCUUUCCUUGGUUUUGGCCAAAACAUAUCACUUCCAGGUUCUGUGUUUUCUUCCUUUUAUACACAAUUAUGAAUCUUGGUCUUGUUUUUUAUUCUUGGUUUUGGCUUCUUGAAAUGUCAUAACUGCAUUGGAGACUGUUAAAUUCUUUCCUAUUGUAUUUUUUGCUUGGGGAAGGACCAACCUUUUUCAUGGGAUUUGUUCACCCAAGGUUUUACAUUGGUUUUUUCUUGUGUAUGUUUACAGUAGUUUACUGUGCUACAGAUCCCAAUGACUUGAAAAUCUUGAACGAUUUCAAGAAAGGGUUGGAUAAUUCAGAGCUACUUAUGUGGCCUGAAAAUGGAGAUGACCCUUGCGGUCCUCCUUCUUGGCCUCAUGUUUUCUGUUCUGGUGAUAAAGUGACUCAAAUUCAGGUCCAAAAUCUUGGUCUCAAAGGACCUCUGCCUCAAAACCUCAACCAGCUCACAAAGCUCUUUAAUUUGGGGCUUCAAAAGAAUCACUUCAAUGGUAAAUUACCAACCUUUAGUGGUUUAUCAGAGUUGGAGUUUGCUUACUUGGAUAACAAUGAAUUGGAUACGAUUCCUGCUGAUUUUUUUGAUGGACUUAGCAGUGUGCGUGUCUUGGCUUUGGAUUAUAAUCCCUUUAAUAAGACUACUGGAUGGCCUAUUCCUAAGGAAUUGGCUAAUUCAGUUCAAUUGGCAAACCUUUCUUUGGUUAACUGCAAUGUGGUUGGACCAUUGCCUGAUUUUCUAGGGAAGUUGCCAUCUCUUGUAGCACUCAAACUCUCUUAUAACAGAUUGUCCGGUGAGAUUCCGGCUAGUUUUGGUGAGUCUUUGAUGCAGGUUUUGUGGUUGAACGAUCAAGAUGGUGAAGGGAUGACAGGUAAGAUUGAUGUGGUUGCCAAUAUGGUGUCCUUGACACAGCUUUGGCUUCAUGGGAAUCAGUUCACUGGGACAAUCCCAGAGAACAUUGGGAACUUGACAUCUUUGAAAGAUCUAAAUCUCAAUAGGAACCAGCUUGUUGGUUUGAUCCCUGAGAGCUUGGCCAAUAUGGAGCUGGAUAACUUGGUCCUGAACAAUAAUCAGCUCAUGGGUCCGAUACCCAAGUUUAAGGCUGGUAAUGUUUCUUAUGCUUCCAAUUCAUUUUGUCAAUCUGAACCAGGGGUUUCAUGUGCCCCAGAUGUCACUGCACUUUUGGACUUCCUUAGUGGUAUGAAUUAUCCUGUAAACCUUGCUUCUCAAUGGUCUGGUAAUGAACCUUGUGCCGGACCAUGGAUAGGAUUGAGUUGCAAUCCGAAUUCUCUGGUUUCUAUUAUCAAUUUGCCGAGACAUAAUCUUAGUGGUACACUUAGUCCUUCAGUUGCAAAGUUAGAAUCACUGAUUGAAAUUAGGCUAGGGGGAAAUAGUAUAUAUGGCACUGUUCCUGAAAACUUCACUGAACUAAAAACUCUGAGAACUUUAGAUCUAAGUGGAAACAAUCUUGAGCCUCCAUUACCCGAAUUCCGUGACAAUGUGAAGGUUGUCAUCGAAGGAAAUCCUUUGUUGUUUGCCAAUCAUACAAGAGGGUCUUCUUCCUCUACUAGCAGUCCACCUUCUGCAAGUUCAGAAUCUCCACCAAGUGGUCAAUCAGGUGGUACAGAGUCACCUCCAUCUAGCAGAUCACCAUUCCCAAAUAGAGAGAAGAAUUCUAAUUCAUCUACUGCUACUACCAAUCAAGGUGAGUCCCAAUCGAACAUUUUCCAAAGGUUCCAGGUGGUAAUUGUUGCUGGAAGUGCAGCUAUUGCCAUCUCAAUUCUUCUAGUGGUUCUGUUUUCUAUUUUCUGGCGUAAGAAGAGAAAAAGAGCUUCUGAGGCUCCUAGUUCCAUAGUGGUUCAUCCUAAAGACCCGUCAGAUCCUGAAAACUUGGUUAAGAUAGCUGUUUCUAAUAACACCACCAGGAGCUUAUUUAGUAAAACUGCAACAAGCUCUGGCAGCAGUAAUAGCAGUGCAACACAAAGCUCUCAUGUCAUUGAGUCUGGAAACUUGGUCAUAUCCGUUCAAGUACUUCGCAAAGGGACCAAGGAUUUUGCCCAGGAAAAUGAGCUUGGCCGUGGUGGGUUUGGAACUGUUUACAUGGGUGAACUGGAUGAUGGAACAAAACUAGCAGUUAAGAGGAUGGAGACUGGGGUCAUAAGCAGUAAAGCAUUGGAUGAAUUUCAGUCCGAAAUUGCUGUUCUUUCUAAGGUCCGGCAUCGACAUCUGGUCUCUCUCUUGGGGUAUUCCAUUGAAGGUAAUGAAAGGCUUCUUGUCUACGAGUAUAUGUCUCAAGGUGCUCUAAGCAAGCAUCUGUUCCAUUGGAAGACCCUGAAAUUGGAACCAUUAUCUUGGAAGAGGAGGCUUAGUAUUGCACUGGAUGUUGCUAGAGGAAUGGAGUACCUACAUAACUUGGCGCGGGAAACUUUUAUACACAGAGAUCUCAAGUCUUCCAACAUUCUUCUAGAUGAUGACUUUCGGCCAAAAGUUUCGGAUUUCGGGUUGGUGAAACUUGCACCUGAUGGAGAGAAGUCUGUGGCAACUAGGCUUGCUGGCACAUUUGGUUACCUAGCACCUGAAUAUGCUGUAAUGGGGAAAAUCACUACUAAAGUUGAUGUCUUCAGCUAUGGAGUGGUGUUGAUGGAACUUGUGACUGGAUUAACAGCACUCGAUGAGGAGCGGUCGGAGGAAAGCCGUUACUUGGCUGAGUGGUUUUGGCGAAUCAAAUCUAGCAAGGAGAAGCUUAUGGUUGCAAUUGAUCCGGCACUUGAAGUGGAUGAAGAAACUUAUGAGAGCAUUUCCACAAUAGCUGAACUAGCUGGUCACUGCACUGCAAGGGAGCCUUAUCAUCGGCCAGACAUGGGCCAUAUAGUGAAUGUUCUAGCACCCCUAGUUGAGAAGUGGAAACCAAUUGAUGAUGAAGCUGAGUGUUAUUCCGGCAUUGAUUGCAGCCAGCCACUUUCCCAGAUGUUGAAGGUUUGGCAGGCAGCAGAAACCCAAGGAUUGAGCUAUACAAGUCUGGAUGAUAGCAAAGGAAGCAUUCCAGCAAAACCUUCCGGAUUUGCCGACUCCUUCACAUCUGCAGACGGUCGAUGAGCCCCAUUUUGUUGCCAAUGAUGUGUUCCAGUUGGAAUGUUGUAUGUAGCUUAAGUAAUACGACUUUGAUGUUGUUGAGCUAUGAACAUGUCUUUACAUGGUGGUGUAGAUAGAGAGGUACUGCUUUGGUAUUUCUUCAUUAUUUCUUAAGUUGAGGUGUCAAUUUUCAAACAUUGAUCAAACAUUUGAUGAGACUUUUGUUCUAGAAAUUGCCUUGAUUGAUGCAACAAAGAUGCAUUGUAACUGUC